AGAGGCAAAUAGCUUCCUCACUGGGCUUUGCUUCUCCAUUCCAUGGAAGCAUACAGGAGACACAUGCAUAUUACAAUGACUGCAGUUCCUUCAUGCUUGAGAAGGUUGCCAGGGGCUCUGGAGCAGUUGUGGUUGCAACCCAUAACCAUGAAUCAGGUAAAUAAGGAGGCCAAAAUCUUAUAUUUCUUACAUAAGAUGAUUGUUUGUAAUGGUGGAUUUGAUGAUAUAUGGAGGAUGGCAGCAGCAAAGGCACAAUCCUUGGGCAUUGGAAAGGCAAACCAAAGGUUGCAGUUUGCUCAGCUGAAGGGGAUGGCAGAAGGUCUGUCCUUUGGUUUGAGAAAUGCAGGGUUUCAAGUGAGCAAGUGCUUGCCAUUUGGUCCAGUAGAGAAAGUCAUUCCUUAUCUUCUUAGGAGAGCUGAAGAGAACAGAGGUCUUUUGUCUGCUUCAACUGUAGAUAGGCAGUUGAUGAGCAUGGAGUUGAAGAGGAGACUAAAAGGGGCAAUCCUAGGAAGGGAAAUAAACUAAGAUGAUGAUUUCUCAGCCACUAAGAUCUCCAUCAAUCUAUAUGUAUAUAUAUAACUGAGCCAUAUUCCAACUAAAGUAGAUAGCGAUAGCAAUAAUGAAAUGAAAUGUACAACAACUGAGCCUUAAUCUUAAAUGAAAAGGGUAAAAAGGAAAGUACAAGAAAGUCUUUCAGUUUUCAAGGAAAACAAUUUUUUCCUAAACUCAAUUGGAAUUAAAAUUUGGCAGGUGAAAAAUUCCCCUAAAAAUGUCUGCCCUAAAGUCUAAACCAAUAAAAAUUAGAAGAGAAACAAAUAUCGUAGAUGGCUCAAAGAAAUGUGGACAUUUUACAUGCAAAUUGAGUUCAACAUAAUAAAUCUUUUAACUGAUAAACUAAUUGGAUGAUUAUAACCUUUCAGAAUAUUUUUUUUUCUUUUUUGGAUGAAUAAAUAAAUUUAUACCCAAAGAGAAGAGAAAAUACAAGGGGAAA